AUGGCAUUGGACCAGGUGACCUGCGGACACCCCCUGCACCUGCAGAAGAUGCUCCAGCUCCUUGCCCUGCUGCUCUUGGCCCCCUGCGUCCUGCAGGCUGCAGGCACCAACGGUGGUGUGAAAGUUCGAGUGACCCAGAAGGGGCUGGAAUAUGGAAAGGAAGUUGGGCUGGAGAGGCUGAAGCAGAUGCUGAAGAAGGGGAAGAUCCAAGAUGUGAGCGGCUCUUACAAUGUACCGAUCCUCGGGAGUGUGGAUUACUCUAUCACGGGGAUCCGGGUGGACGAGCUGCAGGUGAGCAACUCAACCGCUGCCUUCUCGGAGGGGACAGGCCUAAGCCUUGCGAUCGGAAGUGCCCAGGUCGUGCUCAGCGGCAGCUGGAAGGUGGCCUCUGUGCUGGGAAGCGAUCGCGGCCUGCUUAACAUCAGUGUCCGAGGGCUGUCCGUCUCCACCCUCCUGGGCGUGGACAGGGAUGGCAGAGGACGGCCGAGUGUGUGGUGUGCCCAGUGCGAUUCCGGGAUUGAGGACUUCAGCCUGACGUUCUAUGGGAGAACCAGCUGGCUCUACAACACCCUCGCCUCUGCUCUCAGGGGGACCCUGAAAUCCGAAGCCAACAGACAGAUAUGCUCUGAGAUCCGGAAAGGAACGGACAAGCUGGCAUGGGACCUACAGACCAUGGAUGUCUUGGCCCAGAUGGACCCCUUUGUGGGGAUUGACUAUUCCUUGGUCAGCAAGCCGCUCUUUGGGACGGAUGGGUGCAAGGUGGAGCUCAAGGGAGAGGUUUUCGCCAUGGAAAGCUCUCGCAGGCACCCUUUCCUGCCCGCCCCUUUUGCCCUGCCUGACCAGUUCGACUCCAUGCUGGUCGUGGGCCUCACGGAGUCCGUGGCCAGCUCGGCGGCUGCUGCGUACUUCAGUGCCGGAGCGCUUCGUGUGAAUUUCACGGACAGCAUGCUGAAGAAGCGGUUCCCAAACAUGCCCAUGGAGGUCCGCGUUGCUGCCCGGAAGCAGCCGCUGCUGAGCAUCCAUCCUGAAGGUGUGCGGGCGCAGGUCUUUGGGUCCGCAGAGGCCUCCGUCAUCCUUCCGAAUGGCAGCCUGGCCUCUGCGCUCCUGCUCGAUAUCGACAGCAACCUCACGGCACAGCUCUUCCUGGAGCCGGUCAAGUCCCGAAACUCCAUUGGCAAAGUCAGCGGCUCACUGGUCCUCGAAGAUUUUCACCUGUCCCAGGUGUGGUCCAGCGUCGGAGAUAUCAAGGGGACGUUUCUGGACAAGAUCCUGAAGAUGGCUGUGCACUUGGCGAGCGCCUGA